AUGUCAGAUAGAGUAGAAGAAGAACCAGAAAGGGUGAAUAAUGAACAGAUUGAAGAGAAGGUCAGUGAUGCACUAGAUGAUCUAUUUGGUGAUGAAAGUGAGGAAGAAAACCAACAACAGAGCCUAGAUGAACAACAAAAUGACUCAGAUGAUUCAUCUGCCGGUACAUCCCAUCAUAGAGUGAUAGAUGAUGAAGAGGAUGAGGAACAAGCGAUGUAUAAUCGUAAAUUUCUAGGGGAAGAUUAUGAAGGACAAUCGGAGGAAGAAUACGAGAAGAAGUACAAGGAGGUGGACGUGGAAAUUGUCAAACAUGUGGUCCCUUACAAGACUGCUAACGGUGCAGAUGAUAAGACGAUAUAUUAUGCCAAGGUACCACAGUUUUUGACGAUAGACCCAGUUCCAUUUGAUCCACCAAGUUUCCAAAAGAAAGUGGAGGACCGUGUGUCAAAGUAUUCAUCGAAAGAAGAUCAGUUAGGAGAUAGAUUGAUCGAGGAAAACACUAUUAGGUGGAGAUAUUCUCGUGAUAAAGACGAACGUGUUUUCAAAGAAUCAAAUGCCCAAAUUGUCGAAUGGUCUGAUGGAACAUUUUCUUUGAAAGUGGGUGAUGAAUAUACUGAUAUUCUUGUAAAUAAUACUGAAAACACAUAUUUGACGGUAUCACAUGAGGAGCAAGAACUAAUUCAAUGUGUGGAGGGUGGUGAAAUUACGAAAUCAAUGAUGUUUGUACCAACAUCCACCAAUUCAAAGGUGCAUAAAAUCCUAAGCAAAGCUGUUGCUAGAAGAGAUGAAAGAGGGCAACAUGGUCCAAACACGUAUAUCACACGCACAGAUCCUGAACUCGAGAAGAGAGAGUUAGAAAAGAAGCACGAUCAAAUAUUGAGAGAGAGAAGAAAGAAACAAUUGAAGGAGAAACUUGAACUAGAAAAUGCAGGUGAUUCUCCAGAACCUCAAUUCAAUAUACAAAAGAACUUAUCAAAACGUCAUAACUUAGACGAAUACGAAUAUGAUGACGGCUUCGUUGCACAGGAUGACGAAGAAGAAGAUGAUGAAGAAGAAGAGGAAGAUGAGGAUUUCUCAGGAGAAGACAAUGAUGUCGGAGACGAAGAAGAAUCGGAUGGUGGUGACUCUGAGAAAGAAUACGAAAAUGCUAAAAGACUAAGGGAAGUUAAACAAACAGGUGCGCAAGAAUAUCAGGAGGAUGCACAAGCCAAGAAAAGAAAGAUAGCUGUGUUGGAUGACGAAGACGACGAAUAA